UGUCCGGGCACCAAACUGGAGGACUCACCCCCGUGUCGCAACUGGUCAUCCGCCUCGGAGCUGAAUGAAACUCAAGAGCCCUUUCUAAGCCCCACCGACUAUGACGACGAGGAAUUCCUGCGGUACCUGUGGAGGGAAUACCUCCACCCGAAAGAAUACGAGUGGGUCCUGAUCGCGGGCUACAUCAUCGUGUUCGUGGUGGCUCUCAUCGGGAACAUCCUGGUGUGUGUGGCAGUGUGGAAGAACCACCACAUGAGGACAGUGACCAACUACUUCAUAGUCAACCUUUCUCUGGCUGACGUGCUCGUGACCAUCACCUGCCUUCCAGCCACACUGGUUGUGGACAUCACUGAGACCUGGUUCUUUGGAAAUUCCCUCUGUAAAGUGAUUCCUUACUUACAGACCGUGUCCGUGUCUGUGUCUGUCCUCACACUGAGCUGCAUUGCCCUGGAUCGCUGGUAUGCCAUCUGUCAUCCUUUGAUGUUUAAGAGCACAGCCAAGCGGGCCCGGAACAGCAUCAUCAUCAUCUGGAUUGUCUCCUGCAUUAUCAUGAUCCCUCAGGCCAUCGUCAUGGAGUGCAGGACCAUGCUCCCCGGGUUGGCCAAUAAAACCACCCUCUUCACAGUGUGUGAAGAGCAGUGGGCAGGUGAAAUUUACCCCAAGAUGUAUCACAUCUGUUUCUUUCUGGUGACAUACAUGGCACCUCUGUGUCUCAUGGUGUUGGCCUAUCUGCAGAUAUUUCGUAAACUCUGGUGCCGACAGAUCCCUGGCACAUCAUCUGUGGUUCAGAGGAAAUGGAAGCCCCUGCAGCCUGUUUCACAGCCUCGAGGGUCAGGACAGCAGACCAAGUCCAGGAUUAGCGCCGUGGCUGCUGAAAUAAAGCAGAUCCGAGCCAGACGAAAAACAGCCCGGAUGCUGAUGGUGGUGCUUUUGGUGUUUGCAAUUUGCUAUCUACCAAUUAGCAUCCUCAACGUGCUAAAGAGAGUAUUUGGGAUGUUUACUCACGCAGAAGACAGAGAGACUGUGUAUGCCUGGUUUACAUUUUCACACUGGCUUGUAUAUGCCAAUAGUGCUGUGAACCCAAUUAUUUAUAAUUUUCUCAGUGGAAAAUUUCGAGAGGAAUUUAAAGCUGCAUUUUCAUGCUGUUGCAUGGGCGUUCACCAUCGCCAGGAGGAUCGGCUCGCCAGGGGGCGGACCAGCACAGAGAGCAGAAAGUCUCUGACCACCCAGAUCAGCAACUUUGAUAACAUAUCAAAACUCUCGGAGCAAGUCGUGCUCACCAGCAUAAGCACACUCCCAGCAGCCAAUGGGGCCGGGCUGCUUCAAAACUGGUAGAAUAUUGAUUUACAUGACAAGGAUGCCUGAGUAAAAUGAUUCCUUUUUUUUGAAAUCUCUGUUCACGGAAAUUUUAUGAUCUGACCCAUCUGAAGCUAAAAUUACUUUGUGGACCCAUUUUUUGCAAAAGAAAAACCUAUUGCUCUUUGGAAAUAAAAG